AUGGAUGAAGAAAUGGCAGACACCAAUAUGAAACCUUCUGUCGUCACUGGAUUACCAGGCUUGGAUUUACUCAACAAGAGUAGGAAUUUUAGCAGAAGGUCGCGUUUUCCGACAAAGUUCUUUGUGGUCUGGCGUUCGGACGAGUUCACAUGGGCAGGGCGGACUAUACCACGGGUGAUGACCCCUGGACUGACUCCCAUUAAUACUACACAACUCAAUGAAGCCGUCGAGGAAGAGAUGAGGUCCUCUGAGAUACCGUCACUCUCCAUUUGCGUCUACAGGCAUGGGCAAAGCACACCGAAGAACAGCUAUCGUAUCGCAUCUAUCAGCAAAACGGUUACCGCCAUGGGUAUCAUGGAGCUGAUGAAUCGCCGCCACUUCAAUUUGGACUCGAAAGUGUUUGGGGAUAGAGGCAUUCUCUCGUGGCUUGACGUCAGUCGCGCACAUCCAUGGAUACGUGCUGUGACCGUGCGCCAUCUUCUCGAACAUUCUUCAGGUGGUUGGAGCAAUCAAGACAAGCUCGAGUUCAAUACUACACCGCAAACUGAACGACUGAAUGGUACGACGCUACUGGAAUUCUACAUUCGAUCUUACGAGCCAAAAUUUCAGCCAGGAAGGCGAUAUCUAUAUUCCAACAUUGCUUACGUCUUUUUGGGUAGGAUCAUAGAACAG